GGUGUCUCCCCUUCAGAAGUCUGAGAUAGUGGACAUGGUGAAGAAGCAUGUGAAGGCCAUCACUCUGGCCAUAGGAGACGGGGCCAACGACGUGGGCAUGAUCCAGACUGCCCAUGUAGGGGUGGGCAUCAGUGGCAACGAGGGCAUGCAGGCCACCAACUCCUCUGACUACUCCAUCGCACAGGUAACACACACACACCCACACACCACAGAGCGAUGAGAGAGAGAGAGAGAGAGAGAGAGAGAGGGGGGAGAGAGAGGUGGGUACAGGGUGAGACAAAGAGAUAAGCAGUAGUAGACACCCGAGGGGUAGAGACAGAUAAACAGAGAGGGGGGGGGUGGAGAAGGGACAGGGAGGAGAAGGGGGAGGGGGAGGAGGGGAGUGGGAGAAGCUAGUUGAAGUAUUCUGUGAGAGCCAGAGGAAUCUAGGAAUCUGUCUCCCCCCCCCCCCCCCCCCUCUCUGUUUAUCUGUCUCUACCCCUCGGGUGUCUACUACUGCUUAUCUCUUUGUCUCACCCUGUACCCACCUCUCUCUCCCCCCUCUCUCUCUCUCUCUCUCUCUCUCUCUCAUCGCUCCCCUCUCUUUCUGUUCCUAGUUUUCCUACCUAGAGAAGCUGUUGCUGGUCCAUGGGGCGUGGAGUUAUAACCGUGUCACUAAGUGUAUCCUCUACUGUUUUUAUAAGAAUGUGGUUCUCUACAUCAUAGAGGUAAGACACACCCCUCACCCCUCACCCCUCACCUCUCACCGCUCCCCGUCCCACCCUUCAACCCUCACCGCUCAACUCUCAACCCUCACCUCGCUCAAUCCUCAACCCUCACCUCUCCCACCCCUCAACCCUCACCUCUCCCACCCUUCAACCCUCACCUCGCUCAACUCUCAACCCUCACCCCUCCCACUCCUCACCCCUCCCACCCCUCCCCCAUCACCCCUCCCACUCCUCACACCUCCCCUACCCACACCUACCACCCCUCCCCCUCUCACACCUCACCCCUCCCACUCCUCACCCCUCCCACUCCUCACCCCUCAUGCCCCUCCCCUUCACACCCCUCCCAACUCACACCCCUCCCACACAUAGACCGUACCUUAUAAAUGCCAUCCAGUAAUGUUUGAAGAUGUAUUACUGUUUAAAAACUAUGUUUUACAUUAGUAGAACCUGGACCCAUUUGGAGAGAGACUAACUCCCUUUCCCUCCUUAGACCAAUCUCUUUUCUCUCUCUCUCUCUCUCUCUCUCUCUCUCUCUCUCUCUCUCUCUCUCUCUCUCUCUCUCUCUCUCUCUCUCUCUCUCACACACACACACAUUAACAGAGACAUUUCGCAGCUGUUUGUCGAAAUGUUUGACAAUGACGGAUGAGGUGCUCCUCUGGUGUCUGCUUUCUGUCUCUCACACACACACGCACUGCAUGUGCACACACACACUGUCGGUCAGGGACUGUGUGUGUGUGGGAUGGGUCAGGGGCAUUUUGGAAGGCCCCUCCCCUGUCAUGAGGGUGAUUUGUCAGCUGGGCCCCCCUCUCUGUCUAACAUUAAGGAUGCCAGCAGGUGCAGACCCUCAACCUCUACCUUCUACCUCACUGUCCCUCUCACUCAGGGCUAUGGAUGUGUGUGUUUCUAUGAUUAUCACACAUGAUUGGCUGCCUGCAGAGAUCUAUAGGUCAAGGGGCAUAGAUGGUCUCUGUCCACAAAGCGGAGAUACAGAGUGGUGUGUAUGUGUGUGUGGGGGGGGGGACGCUCCACUGUAUGCUCCAGGAAUGUCACCACACUCUGAUCAGUCUGAGUCUCUGUAUGGAUGGAAACUCCUCCUCAUCAACUGACCCAGAGUCAGAUUCCAGUGUUUUACUCUUUGUAGAUACCUUUAGCAUUGGGUAGUGAAAACUGAUCCUAGAUCUGUAAUCUACAGUGCCUUCAGAAAAUAUUCAUACCCAUUGACUUAUUCCACAUUUUGUUGUGUUAUAGCCUGAAUUCAAAAUGGAUUCAAUAUAAUUUUUAUCUCUCACCCAUCUACACACAUAAUGACAAAGUGAAAACAUUUUUCUAGAAAUUGUUGCAAAUGUAUUAAAAAUGAAAUACAGGGGCCUCCCGAGUAGCGCAGCGUUCUAAGGCACUGCAUCGCAUUGCUUGAGGUGUCACUACAGACCCGGGUUCGAUCCCAGGCUGUGUCACAACCGGCCGUGACCAGGAGUCCCAUAGGGCGUCACACAAUUGGCCCAGCAUCGUCCGGGUUAGGGGAGGCACCUACAGGCUGACUUAGGUCGUCAGUUGAACGGUGUUUCCUCCGACACAUUGGUGCAGCUGGCUUCCGGGUUAAGCGGGCGGGUGUUAAGGAGCACGGUUUGGCGGGUCAUGUUUCGGAGGACGCAUGACUAGACCUUCGCCUCUCCCGAGCCCAUUGGGGUGUUGCAAGCAAUAAAACUGGCCUUCUUGAGACCAGUUGAGUAUCUGGAGCAUCAGCAAUUGUGGGUUCGAUUGCAGGCUCAAAAUGGCCAGAAACAAAUAACUUUCUUCUGAAACUCGUCAGUCUAUUCUUGUUCUGAGAAAUUAAGGCUAUUCCAUGCGAGAAAUUGCCAAGAAACUGAAGAUCUCGUACAACGCUGUGUACUACUCCCUUCACAGAACAGCGCAAACUGUCUCUAACCAGAAUAGAAAGAGGAGUGGGAGGCCCCGGUGCACGAUAUUAUAACCGCAAUCGAUAAUAGACAGUACUGUGCAGCCGUCUUCAUCGACCUGGCCAAGGCUUUCGACUCUGUCAACCACCGCAUUCUUAUUGGCAGACUAAAUAGCCUUGGUUUCUCAAAUGACUGCCUCGCCUGGUUCACCAACUACUUCUCAGAUAGAGUUCAAUGUGUGAAAUCGGAGGGCCUGUUGUCUGGACCUAUGGCAGUCUCUAUGGGGGUGCCACAUGGUUCAAUUCUUGGGCCGACUCUUUUCUCCGUGUAUAUCAAUGACGUCGCUCUUGCUGCUGGUGACUCUCAGAUCCACCUCUACGCAGACGACACCAUUUUGUAUACAUCUGGCCCUUCAUUGGACACUGUGUUAACAAACCUCCAAACGAGCUUCAAUGCCAUACAACAAUCCUUCAGUAGCCUCCAACUGCUCUUAAACACUAGUAAAACUAAAUGCAUGCUCUUCAAACGAACGCUGCUGGCACCCGCCCACCCGACUAGAAUCACCACUCUCGACGGGUCUGACCUAGAGUAUGUGGACAACUACAAAUACCUAGGUGUCUGGUUAGACUGUAAACUCUCCUUCCAGACUCACAUUAAGAAUCUCCAAUCCAAAGUUACAUCUAGAAUCGGCUUCCUAUUUCGCAACAAAACCUCCUUCACUCAUGCUGCCAAACAUGCCCUCGUAAAACUGACUAUCCUACCGAUCCUUGACUUCGGCGAUGUCAUUUACAAAAUAGCCUCCAACACUCUACUCAGCAAAUUGGAUGUAGUCUAUCACAGUGCCAUCCGUUUUGUCUCCAAAGCCCCAUACACUACCCACCACUGUGACCUGUACGCUCUUGUUGGCUGGUCCUCACUACAUGUUCGUCGUCAAAUCCACUGGCUCCAGGCCAUCUAUAAAUCACUGCUAGGCAAAUCCCCGCCUUAUCUUAGCUCAUUGGUCACCAUAGCAGCACCCACCCGUAGUCUGCGCUCCAGCAGGUAUAUCUCACUGGUCAUUCCCAAAGCCAACACCUCCUUUGGCCGCCAUUCCUUCCAGUUCUCUGCUGCCAAUGACUGGAACGAAUUGCAAAAAUCUCUGAAGCUGGAGACUCUUAUCUCCCUCACUAACUUUAAGCAUCAGUUGUCAGAGCACCUUACCGAUCACUGCACAUGUACACAGCCCAUCUGAAAUUAGCCCACCCAACUACCUCAUCCCUAUAUUGUUAUUUAUUUUGCUCUUUUGCACCCCAGUAUCUCUAUUUGCACAUAAUCUCUUGCACAUCUAGCAUUCCAGUGUUAAUACUAAUUGUAAUUAUUUUGCACUCUAGCCUAUUUAUUGCCUUACCUCCAUAACUUGCUACAUUUGCACACACUGUAUAUAUAUUUUCUGUUGUAUUUUAUGACCUUAUGUUUUUUUUACCCCAUAUGUAACUCUGUGUUGUUGUUUUUAUCGCACUGCUUUGCUUUAUCUUGGCCAGGUCGCAGUUGUAAAUGAGAACUUGUUCUCAACUGGCUUACCUGGUUAAAUAAAGGUGAAAAAAAUAAAAAAUAAUUUAAACAACUGCGCAAGAGGACAAAUACAUUAGAGUGUCUAGUUUGAGAAACAGACGCCUCACAGGUCCUCAACUGGCAGCUUCAUUAAAUAGUACCCGCAAAAAAACACCAGUCUCAACGUCAACAGUGACUCCGGGAUGCUGACCUUCUAGGCAGAGUUGCAAAGAAAAAGCCAUAUCUCAGACUGGCCAAUAAAAAGAAAAGAUUAAGAUGGGCAGUCUGAGAUAUGGCUUUUUCUUUGCAACUCUGCCUAGAAGGUCAGCAUCCCAGAGUCGCCUCUUCACUGUUGACGUUGAGACUGGUGUUUUGCGGGUACUAUUUAAUGAAGCUGCCAGUUGAAUCAGCCGUUUCCAGCUACAAUAGCCAUUUACAACAUUAACAAUGUCUAUACUGUAUUUCUGAUUUAUUUUAAUGGACCAAAAAAUUGCUUUUCUUUCGAAAACAAGGACAUUUCUAAGUGACCCCAAACAUUUGAACGGUAGUGUAUGUAGAUAUAUACAAGACCAGUCAGAAGUUUGGAUACACCUACUCAUUCAAGGGUUUUUCUUUAUUUUUACUAUUUUUUACAUUGUAGAAUAAUCAUGAAGACAUCAAAACUAUGAAAUAACACAUAUGGAAUCAUGUAGUAACCAAAAAAGUGUUAAACAAAUCCAAAUAUAUUUUAUAUUUGAGAUUCUUCAAAUAGCCACCCUUUGCCUUGAUGACAGCUUUGCACACUCUUGGCAUUCUCUCAACCAGCGAUUUUAGCAUGUAAAUCUUGGUGGGGCAAAUUGAUUUUUUUUUUUAUAGAUGCGUGCCAGCAAAGCCAGUACACAUCACAACACAACACUAAACAAUACAUUAAUUGCACUAUAGGGCCUACAUAAAGCUGUUCCAACAGCAGAGUCCCAACAGCAGUCCCAACACUUUACCACUGCUACACCUGGCUAUCAGCAGAGCCUUGUCUGGCAGCGAAACAGUUCAUUCAGCCUCAUUUAUUUCCUUAAAAAAAAACAUAUCUGAUAUGGCUGAUUUGCUUUCUACUGACAAUUAGUUGAGUUGUACAAACUAUGGCAUAAGGGCGGAGGCCAUCCGUAAUUUUGAUUAAGAAAAUAAUGAGCGAGCUAGGAUUGACGUAGUCAAUAUAACUAUUUGUUCAGCACUUUUGAAAUGUACAGCGACAGAAUUCAGAACAUGGGCCGUUCUUACAGUAUUCUCCCUGUACACCAAGUCAGAACUGUAAGAUAAAUAAAGGGGGCAUAUAAGCAGACAAUGAAAGCUCUUACAAUAUUCGAUGAUUACAUUUCUCUAAAACAGGUUAUAGGCUACAUGUGCACCACCAAGUUAGAACAGUAGUCAAAAUUAAGAGGGGUAAAUAGACCAAAUUAUUAGGGUGAGGCACAUGGGCGACUAACAGCUUACUACACAACAUACACUUAGUAUUACUUUCUUAGCUACGGUAUACAUAUCUCCCUGGCAUAUUACAUCAUUUAUGCAGCAGCAUACAAUACAUUUUUGGAAUCACCUUGUUGUGCUGUGCUCACUUGAACAGGAAGGUGGCGCAGCUGUCCUUCGUGGGCAAAUUCUGUCAUCAAACUUUGUCAUCAAAGUCUGGCAUUCUCUGGAUUUAUGGUGCUUUCAACUGGGAACUCUGAAAAAAACAAAGUUGCAUCAUGAUGACGUCAGUGAUCUUCAGGUCGGAGCUCUAGAAAGAGGCCCGAGUUCCCGACUUGCAAUCCCGAGUUGGAAGUUCAAAACGUAUUUUUCCAGUCAGAGCUAGUUUUUUUCAGAGUUCCCAGUUGUCUUGAACUCACUGAAGACGGAGAUUUCGCAGUACCGAGUUUCCAAUUGUUUUGAGCGCGGCAGAAGUCAUGCUGGAUUGACAGCAUGGCCAAUGUUGAAUGUUUAUCAUUUUAAGCUUGGAAAAGAGACCCUUAAACCCAGACUUGGACCACACAUCCACUCCACUGAAUAGCAGGCUAGUGAUUGCUUUGCAAUGCUUGCAGUUACCAACUGAUUCCUUCCAAACUACUCAUUGUUGAAUUUGCGAUUUCCAACUUGUGUAAUGUUUAUGUCCAAUGGCCUAUUAGCACCGAUACGUUUGAUCUAUAAUGUAUCUUAAUUAUUUAUCUUCAUAUGACAAGGAUUGAAAAGGAUUUGCCAGUAGAUUGUCGACUGAUUCAUGAUUCAUGAUGAUGAUUGCUAGCUUGCUAGCUAAGAUUUUGAAAGUAUGAUGUUGACAUGAUCAGUCCAAUCAAAGCUACUGUAGAUAUAACGUGAUUUGAUGUCAUUUUAUCUGUGGCCAAUGACCUUGAGCCUUCUUGGAUGGGCACCUCUAAUGUAACUCUAUGGCAGCACCCAAGGGGCUUGAAUUUUUUAGCUCCACCCAUAGAUUUUGCGGUGACAUAGUGUCCCCAUGAGUGACAGAACACUGAGCCAAUCACGGCGCAACUAGAGAACAUUACCAACCCCUACGCUCUGUAUUUUCCGCUCGCUGCCCCACCACCACAGAAAGCACUGAGUUAGGCUGAAACACCUGUAUUUUGGAGCUGCCUUACUCAAGAAAGCAAAAAAGAGACCAAGUUUGUAUGCGGCUUUAUUAACUCAAUGAUAUUUCGUUCUUUUUUUUUUUUUUUACAUUGUUUGCAAACUGUUAUGUAACACGUAUUAAUGCCAAAAUAACAUGUAAAACAGGUGGGCUAAACAGGUGGGGCUCAAAACAGGUGACGGAUCGCCACUGCUUGCAAGCGUACCCAUAACAUGAUGCAGUCACCACUGUGCUUGAAAAUAUUGAGAGUGGUACUCAGUAAUGUGUUGUAUUGGAUUUAUCCCAAAGAUAACACUUUGUAUUCAGGACAAAAAGGGAAUUGCUUUGCCACAUUUUUGUUUUUAGUGCCUUGUUGCAAACAGGAUGCAUGUUUUGGAAUAUUUUUAUUCUGUACAGGCUUCUUUCUUUUCACUCUGUCAAUUAGGUUAGUAUUGUGGAGUAUCUACAGUGUUGUUGAUCCAUCCUCAGUAUUCUUCUAUCACGGCCAUUAAACUCUGUAACUGUUUUAAUGUCGCCAUUGGCCUCAUGGUGAAAUACCUGAGUGGUUUCCUUCCUCUCCGGUAACUGAGUUAGGAAGGACGCCUGUGUCUUUGUAGUGAAAAUUAAUAACUUCACCAUGUUCAAAGGGAAAUUCAAUGUCUGCUUUUUUAUUUUUACCCAUCUACCAAUAGAUGCCCUUCUUUGCGAGGCAUUUGAAAACCUCCCUGGUCUUUUGUAGUUGAAUCUUUGUUUGAAAUUCACUGCUCGACUGAGGGACCUUACAGAUAAUUUUAUGUGUGGGGUACAUAGAUGAGGUAGUCAUUCAAAAAUCAUGUUAAACACUAUUAUUGCACACAGAGUGAGUCCAUGCAACUUAUUAUGUGACUUGUUAAGCACAUUUUUACUCUUGAACUUAUUUAGGCUUGCAAUAACAAAGGGGUUGAAUACUUAUUGACUCAAUACAUUUCAGCUUAUCAUUCUUUAUUAAUUUGUAAACAUUUAAUUUAAAAAAUGACAUUUAUGGGGUAUUGUGUGUAGGCCAGUGACACAAAAUCUAAAUGUAAUCAAUUUUAAAUUCAAGCUGUAACACAACAAAAUGUGGAAAAAGUAAAGAGGUGAAUACUUUCUGAAGGCGCUGUAUGACCAAGGGCCAUGUGGUUAUCCUCCAUCUAGCCCUAUAAAGCCGUUUAUUCCUUGCAUCCUUGUUUCACUCAUCCUAUAUCAUCCCUCUCUUUUGUCCAGCUGUGGUUUGCCUUUGUGAACGGCUUCUCUGGACAGAUCCUGUUUGAACGCUGGUGUAUAGGCCUCUACAAUGUGGUGAGUGUCCACUUUUAUUCAUACUGUCCAUUACUCUUUCACUCUCUGGAUCUGUCCUAUACUCCCCCGCGUUCUCUAUCUUUUUAUCUCUUUCACCCUUUCUCCCUCUCCCUCCCUUUCACUGUCUCCUUCCUUCCCUCCCUCCCUCUCUUUCAAUCUCUCUCUCUCCUUCCUUCCCUCCCUCCCUCCCUCUCUUUCACUCUCCUUUUUUUUCCAUGUCUCCACUCUGUGUGAGCUGUGUUCUAUGCUUCCUAUCACCAUAGCAGUGUGUUUGGGCUUCUAUACACUGUCAGUUCUCCUCUCUCUGCUGCUACGUCUCACUGAUAAUGUAUCCAACCCUCAGGCUCACCAUGUUUGGAAGUGGUGGAAUUCCUGCUGAUUGUGUCACUGUGAUUGUUGUGUUGAUUGUGUCACUGUGAUUGUUGUGUUGAUUGUGUCACUGUGAUUGUUGUGUUGAUUGUGUCACUGUGAUUGUUGUGUUGAUUGUGUCACUGUGAUUGUUGUGUUGAUUGUGUCACGGUGAUUGUUGUGUUGAUUGUGUCACUGUGAUUGUUGUGUUGAUUGUGUCACGGUGAUUGUUGUGUUGAUUGUGUCACUGUGAUUGUUGUGUUGAUUGUGUCACUGUGAUUGUUGUGUUGAUUGUGCGACCGAGAAAACAGCCAACGGAGUAAGUCUGAAUUUCUGAAAGUUAAUCAUUCAUAGUGUUUGUUUGGGUGUUUGACUUUGUACUGUGUGUGUGUGUGUGUGUGUGUCAGAUCUUCACAGCGCUGCCUCCCUUCACUCUGGGGAUCUUUGACCGGCCGUGCAGUCAGCAGAACAUGCUCCGCUUCCCCCAGCUAUACAGGAUCACCCAGAACGCUGAGGGCUUCAACACCAAGGUACAUACACACCCAAACAAACACACACACGCACAUACACCCCUUUUUUACAUUUUCAAUCACAUUGAAAUACUGUGCACACAAACACUGCCAUAAUUAUUAAUGGUCAAGCAUAUGGAACCUUUUUGAACUUUGAACACUAUGAAUGAAACAAUUUGAGUUUAGAUAGAGUUCAAGUUUAGUUUAGAGUUUCACAACUUGUAGGCCUAUAUGCACAUUUAUUGCAUCAUCUGAAAUGAAGCUACACUAUAUAUACAAAAGUAUGUGGACACCCCUUCAAAUUACUGGAUUCGGCUAUUUCAGCCACUGCCAUGCAAUCUCCAUAGACAAACAUUGGCAGUAUAAUGGCCUUACUGAAGAGCUCAGUGACUUUCAACGUGGCACCGUCAUAGGAUGCCACCUUUCCAACAAGUCAGUUUGUAAAAUGUCUGCCCUGCUAGAGCUGCCCCGGUCAACUGUAAGUGUUGUUAUUGUGAAGUGGAAACGUCUAGGAGCAACAACGGCUCAGCUGUGAAGUGGUAGGCCAAACAAGCUCAGAGAACGGGACCGCCGAGUGCUGAAGCGCGUAAAAAUCGUCUGUCCUCGGUUGCAACACUCACUACCGAGUUUCAAACUGCCUCUGGAAGCAACGUCAGCACAAGAACUGUUCGUAGCUUCAUGAAAUGGGUUUCCAUGGCCGAGCAGCCACACACAAGCCUAAGAUCACCAUGCACAAUGCCAAGCGUCGGCUGGAGUGUUGUAAAGCUCACCGCCAUUGGACUCUGGAGCAGUGGAAACGUGUUAGCAAGGUGGCAGGGAGUCUGGGCCAUCCCCAUGGCAACUCUAAUGAGAUUCAGAGGACUAGAAUAAGGAAGUCAUUCAUUUAGGGGGAGAAGGUGUGUGUGUGUGUGUGUGUGUGUGUGUAGAAGUCCCCACAAGAUUAGUACACUUUUUUUUUUUUUUUUUCAACUGGGGACAUGUUGUUAGUCCCCACUUUGGUCAAAUGCUAUUUCUAGGGGGGUUAAGGUUAGAAUUAGUGUUAGGGUUAUAAUUAGGGUUAGGAACUAGGGUUAGUUUUAGGGUUAGGAGCUAGGGUUAGGUUUAGGGUUAAGGGAAGAAUUUUGGGUUGGGGUAAGGUUACGGGUUAGGGUUAGGGAAAAUAGGAUUUUGAACGGGACUGCAUUGUGUGUCCCCACAAGGUUAGUUGUAGAAGACUGUGGGGGGGGGGCAGUUGGUUGGUAGCAAUGGUGAAUACACAGUGGUAGUUGUAUUACUGAACACUGUUGUUGUACUGACUCUACUACUGCUCUCUCUCUCUCUCUCUCUCUCUCUUUCAUUCUCUAUCUCGCUCUCUUUCAUUCUCUCUGUCUCUCUCUCUCUCUCUCUUUCUCUUUCAUUCUCUAUCUCGCUCUCUUUCAUUCUCUCUCUCUCUGUCUCUCUCUCUCGCUCUCUCUCUUGCUCUCUCGCUCUCUCUCUCUCGCUCUCUCUCUCGCGCUCUCUCGCUCUCUCUCGCUCUCUCUCUCUCUCUCUCUCUCUCGCUCUCUCUCUCUCUCUCUCUCUCUCUUAGGUGUUUUGGGGUCACUGUAUAAAUGCUCUGAUCCAUUCCAUUGUUCUCUUCUGGUUUCCACUCAAAGUAGUAGAACAUGGUAAGUAGUGGUCCCUACACACACCCUGCUAGACACACUCACUCACACACAUGCACUCUUCAUCUUAAAGUAACUGUACAUUCAGUAAUUAAGUGGACGUACAAUAACUGUACAUCUUGUAGUAAAUAUUUCAGAAUGUGUGUGUUCUCCCCAGACACUCCUUUCAGUAACGGUCAUGGUACUGACUACCUGUUUGUGGGGAACAUGGUGUACACGGUAAGCACAUGUCCCUCUGCAGCCCCUCGCAGUGUGUCUCGUCUGUGUUGGUGCUGACACUGUGAACAUAAACAUGGACUCAUCCCACUAAUGCAAAGCCCAGUCUGAUAAACUGUGUGUGUGGUGUGUGUGAAUUCCACUUCUUGGAUCCUGCUACAGAGAUGUUAGACUGGCCAUUACACAAGUAAUGAAGUGCUCUCAUGGGACUGCAGUCAGUCUAUGGUGUCCUCAGCAAUCGCUCCAUUCAUUGACAGUGUCCCUUCUCUCCCACCUUCUCUCUCUAUCACUCUGUUCCUUCAAUUCAGCACGUUGUGUGUCUGUUGCUUAUUUGUGUGUGUGUGUGUGUGUGUGUGUGUGUGUUUAGAUGGCUGAGAGCAGCAGUUAUACUCUGAGUGUUUUAACAGGUGUUUACAGUAUAUCAUUAUGGAUGUUUAUUAUCUCUGCUGUCGUUUGUGAACUAACCCCUUCUCUCUUUUCUUUCUCCCUUUCUUUCUCUCCUCCCUCAUUCACUCUCUUCCCCCUUCUCCACACUCUCCCUUUCUCUCUCUCUCUUUUCUCUCUGCAGUAUGUGGUAGUAACAGUGUGUUUGAAAGCUGGUAUGGAAACCACUGCCUGGACCAGGGUAAGAGUACAGUCUGGUUUACCAUAACGAUUACACUCCCUCUCCACUACUCCUAUAGACUGCUUAUAUGUACCAUGGUGAUAUAUAGUAGCACAUGGAUGGUAGCCUACAGAUGGAUGGUAGCCUACAGAUGGAUGGUAGCCUACAGAUGGAUGGUAGCCUACAGAUGGAAGGUAGCCUACAGAUGGAUGGUAGCCUACAGAUGGAUGGUAGCCUACAGAUGGAAGGUAGCCUACAGAUGGAAGGUAGCCUACAGAUGGACGGUAGCCUACAGAUGGAUGGUAGCCUACAGAUGGACGGUAGCCUACAGAUGGAUGGUAGCCUACAGAUGGACGGUAGCCUACAGAUGGACGGUAGCCUACAGAUGGAUGGUAGCCUACAGAUGGAAGGUAGCCUACAUAUGGACGGUAGCCUACAGAUGGAAGGUAGCCUACAUAUGGACGGUAGCCUACAGAUGGACGGUAGCCUACAGAUGGACGGUAGCCUACAGAUGGAAGGUAGCCUACAGAUGGAUGGCAGCCUACAGAUGGAAUGUAGCCUACAGAUGGAAUGUAGUCUACAGAUGGAUGGUAGCCUACAGAUGGAUGUAGCCCACAGAUGGAGUAGCCUACAGAUGGAAGGGAGCCUUACAGAUGGGACGGUAGCCUACAGAUGGAGGGGUGGUAGCCUACAGAUGGAAGGUUAGCCUACAGAUGGAUGGAAGCCUACAGAUGGAUGGCAGACUACAGAUGGAUGGCAGCCUACAGAUUGACAGCCCCCCCCCCCCUUAUUUACUGUACACACACACACACACACUCCUUGCCAUGUGUUACAGCCAUCUCAGGUCAUUCCCACUGUCCGUUCAGCUGUCUCAUAGGAUUCACAGUGUCCCCUUACAGAGGGAGAGGAGGGGAGAGGGUCAGAGAGGAGGGGGGACGCUCAGGGACAAGGUUGUCUAUAUUCAGUCUGUGUACAGUAACUAACUAUGGACCUGGUCCUAUAUGCUUUUUCCUUUUCUUCUCCCCCUCACAAAAAAGAAAAAAAAGAGAGCGAGAAAAAGAAAAAGAGAGAAAGAAAGAAAAACAAGAAAAAAAAAAAAAAAUAAAAACCAACCCCUCCCAACCCCCUCCUCCCUCUAUCUCCACCCCCCUCUCUCCCUCUCUCCUCCACCCACUCCCUCCCUCUCCACCCUCCUUCUCCUCCUCUCUCCCACCCCUCCCCCCUCUCCUCUCCCUAUAGUUUUCCCCACCUGGGCGGUAUGGGUGCAGUAAUUGCCUUUCUCUUGGUUCUCUUCUUUCACCUGUCCUACUCAGCUUUCUGGCCGUCCAUCCCCAUUGCUCCUGACAUGCAGGGCCAGGCAAGUCUCCUCCUCCUCCUCUCAUUCUCCUCUUGGUUCAAACUAUCUCUUCUUCUGUUGAACGAAGCCGUGUCCACAGAGCCCUGUUGGUUUGAAAAGCUGAGGUACCCGGUAGAGGUGUGCGGUCAGCCCCAAAACCACCGCCUCAGACCAGGCUGUAAAUAUGGCCUUCUGGGUGUUCCAUGUCAGCACUGCUGGAGCCCACUCUGCAGGCCCUCUGCACCUGUUGCCCUGUCACCCGAGCCCAAGGCUUUUACGGCCUGCUCUGGAGGUGUUGACUCUAUAGCGGGUGGGAUUAGCCGGGCUGGGCAGGGCUGGGGGAGG